UUCUUGUCCCUGCGCGCGGCCCGUCCCGUCUCUGUGCCUCCACGACUGUGCUCCUGGGGUUGACGUGUCGGCAGUUCCUCAGAGUCGGCUAGAUAGGUCGUGAUGGCGGACGCCUGGGAAGAGAUUAGGCGGUUGGCAGCUGACUUCCAACGGGCGCAGUUCGCCGAGGCUACGCAGAGGUUGUCAGAGCGGAACUGUAUUGAAAUUGUGAAUAAAUUGAUUGCUCAGAAACAGCUAGAAGUAGUUCACACGCUUGAUGGAAAGGAAUAUAUUACUCCAGCCCAGAUUAGUAAGGAAAUGAGAGAUGAGCUACAUGUCCGAGGUGGUCGAGUUAACAUUGUUGAUCUACAACAGGUAAUUAAUGUCGACUUGACUCAUAUUGAAAAUAGGAUUAGUGACAUUGUUAAAUCAGAAAAACAUGUGCAUCUAGUUCUGGGACAACUAAUAGAUGAGAACUAUUUGGAUCGGUUAGCAGAAGAGGUAAAUGAUAAAUUGCAAGAAAGUGGUCAGGUAACCAUAUCAGAAUUGUGCAAAACCUAUGACCUUCCUGGAAACUUUCUAACACAGGCACUAACUCAGCGACUUGGUAAAAUUAUCAAUGGACAUAUUGAUCUUGAUAACAGAGGAGUAAUUUUUACUGAAGCUUUUGUAGCUCGACAUAAAGCACGCAUUCGUGGACUGUUCAGCGCUAUUACCCGGCCUACCGCAGUGAAUUCUCUGAUUUCAAAAUAUGGAUUUCAGGAGCAGCUUCUUUACUCUGUACUUGAGGAACUUGUUAAUCGUGGACGUUUACGAGGCACUGUGGUUGGUGGAAGACAGGAUAAAGCAGUGUUCAUUCCUGACAUCUACUCCAGGACACAGAGUACUUGGGUAGAUUCUUUUUUCAGGCAGAAUGGCUAUCUCGAAUUUGAUGCUUUGUCCCGCCUUGGAAUCCCAGAUGCUGUAAACUAUAUAAAAAAAAGGUAUAAGACUGCACAACUCUUAUUUUUGAAAGCAGCUUGUGUUGGUCAAGGACUUGUGGAUCAAGUGGAAGCAUCAGUAGAGGAAGCCAUCAGCUCUGGAAGUUGGGUUGAUAUUUCACCCCUGCUACCCAGUUCUUUAUCAGUGGAAGAUGCUGCCAUGUUGCUUCAACAGGUGAUGAGAGCAUUCAACAAACAGGCUUCAGGUGUAGUCUUUAGCAACACGGUUGUGGUCAGUGAAAAAUUUAUAAAUAACUGUGUAGAACUGUUCAGUGAACAGAUGCACCAAAAAGCGGAAAAGGAAAUAAAAAAUAAUCCUGUGCAUUUAAUCACUGAAGAUGAUCUGAAAGAAGUCUCCAUUUUAGAAAAUGUUAACACAAAUAAAAAGGAUAAAAAAGAUGAGCGCAGGAGGAAAGCAACAGAGGGCAGUGGAAGUGUGAGGGGAGGAGGCGGGGGCAAUGCCAGAGAACACAAAAUUAAAAAAAUCAAGAAGAAAGGAAGAAAAGACGAUGAUAGUGAUGAUGAGUCCCAGUCAUCUCACGGAAAGAAGAAGCCAGAGAUAACUUUCAUGUUCCAGAAUGAGAUUGAAGAUUUUUUAAGAAAACACGUACCAGAUGCCCCUGAAGAAUUUAUUUCUGAACUUGCUGAAUACUUAAUAAAACCUCUUAACAAAACCUAUCUCGAGGUGGUACGUUCAGUAUUCAUGUCUUCAACUUCUGCUGCUGGAACUGGUAGAAAACGCACAAUCAAGGACUUACAGGAAGAGGUUUCAAACCUUUACAAUAAUAUUAGGUUAUUUGAAAAGGGGAUGAAGUUUUUUGCAGAUGAUACACAGGCUGCUCUUACCAAGCACUUGCUGAAGACAGUGUGUACUGAUAUCACUAACCUCAUUUUCAACUUCUUAGCUUCAGAUUUAAUGAUGGCAGUAGACUCUCCUGCAACCAUUACAAAUGAAGUAAGAAAAAAAAUUUUAAGUAAGUUGCCAGAAGAAACCAAAGUAAUGCUCACAAAACUCCACAACUCUCUGAAUGAAAAAAGCAUAGAAGACUUUUUUUCUUGCCUAGACUCUGCAGCAGAAGCUUGUGAUAUUAUGAUGAAAAAGGGAGAGAAAAAGAAGGAAAGGCAGAUACUGUUCCAGCAUCGACAAGCACUGGUUGAACAGCUAAAAGUCACAGAAGACCCUGCUCUUAUUCUGCACCUUACAGCAGUCCUCUUGUUUCAGUUCUCAACCCACAGCAUGCUCCAUGCACCUGGAAGAUGUGUCCCACAGAUCAUUGCUUUUCUUAAUAAUAAAAUUCCAGAGGACCAGCAUACACUUCUGGUAAAGUAUCAAAGUUUGGUUGUAAAACAGUUAGUAAACCAAAAGAAGACUGGGCAGGGAGAGGAUUCCUUGAGUGAGGAAUUAGACAAAGAACAACAUGAUGUCACCAAUACCACUCGUAAAGAGCUCCAAGAACUUUCUUCUUCCAUUAAGGACCUUGUUUUCAAAUCCAGGAAAUCAUCCGUGACAGAAGAGUAAUAUCUUAAUUUACUUUUGUUCUAUAGUGAGCAUUUUUCCCAAAGUUAAAUGUGAGUGGUCAAAAAUAUUGUCACUCACAGCUCCUUUCUUCCCCCAUCAGCCUCCUCCCCCACACACAGUUCAGAUAAAAUAGUAAUGUUGUAUUAAAUGUAAAUCUUUGUGUUUUUUUGUUUUCUUUUUGGUACCGGGGAUCGAACUUUGGUCCUUGUGCUUGCGAAGCAGGUGGCAGAACCACUGAGCUAAAUCCCCAGCCCAAAUGUAAAUCUUAUAAAGAUGUGAAUUUUGUAAAUUGAAUUCUCAUGGAACUCUUCAUUUUCACAUAAACUUUAUGUGGAAUUUUUCACAUAAAAAUUAUUUUCACAUAAUUCUAAGUAAUUGUAUGUUUCUGGUUUAUUUUCUUCAAGAUGGUAAACAAUAAAUUUUUUGAUACUUUUCAUUUCUUAAGAAAGGACUUAUGUGCUAUUUGAUUUUCAAGUACUAUUACUAUAUUUGUACACAUUUAGGCAGAAACUUAAAAUGUCAUGGCUUUUAAAAAAGAAAAAUACCUUUGGUGUGUGAGAAAUAAAAUAACUCAUUUUAAAAUUAAUGGAAAAAUGUUUCAAAACCAAAAUACAGAAAUUUUCAAAUAUAUAUAUAUUUUUUUCUAAGCCUUGCUCUUAUUAAGUACCUGUGUGAUAAAUAAUUAAUCUGCUUUUUCCUAUGGUGAGAGGAUUUAAAUCAUUAGAACUUUCUUUUCCAAAAAUAGAAACCUUGUUUAUUAAAAAAAAAAAAAAAAGAUAUUCUUGCCUUCUAAAGAUUACUAGUUAAAAGUAACUAAAAUGGUUCUUUGGAGUAAUCAUUUCAACCAAAGGAAUUUUAAAGAACAAUUUUAUUGUUUAUCAAAAGAAAUUUAGUUAUUUUUAAUAUGAUGAUAAAUUUCAAUUAUUAAAAUGCUAUUUUAUAUAAUUCCUUGUAUAACAUUUAAAACUAUAUAUUUAUUUUAAAAUGUUUAAAUACAGUGAUCAGAGUACCUCUACUCCAUUUUAGACAGAAGUAUUAAUCUUGAGUGAAAGUAACUCAUGUAAUUUCUGACUAAGAAUCACUAUUAAAGUUGUUAGGGUUAUAACAUUAAGUUUAAAAAUGUUUUCCCAGGGGUAAUUUUCUAUUAUACUGUUUUAUGAGCAAAAGAGAAAAAUGACAAAUCCUCUGUAACUAUAGACCCCAAUUUAGAUUUGUUUAUUCAGCUUCCAUAAUAUUGAACACCCAACCAGUUACUCAGCCUUCGCUGAGAAAUCUUAUCAUUUCUGUUUCAACAUAUACCAAAGUAAUCUGUUUGUGCUAAACUAGAUCGUAGAAAACAGAAGUGACAGUGAAGCCAUUAAAAUACUUCUGACUUAAUUUGUGAAAAUAAGAGACAAUGAAGCAAAUAAAAAGUUCUUAAUCUCUUUGCAUAAAACAUUUUUCAUUUGUCAAAACGGUUUUUAUUUUUCCACACUAAAGAACAGGUUUUAUUGUUUUUGAAAAUAAAAUUACAUAGCUAAUUUUGUAUGUGAAGUUCAAAUUUCAUUAAUAAAGUAAAAAUAACAGUGUUUACUGUGAUCGUAAUGGACAGUGUUAAGAAUAUUAUUUACAAUAAAGUUACCCAUUCUAUUAAA